ACAUAUAUAUACAUACUUCAAGUCACAUAAGGAAGGAAGGAAAGAAGUACGUUUCACCUUAACAAGCAUCACGUCCCCUGAGCAAGACAGGGCUAAGGGGGCAAGAUGGCGGCCCUCAGAGCGGCACUUCGAACCUGCACAAGACUUGGAAAUAUAGCAGGUGUGGGUGAGGCAGUAGCAAGGCAGGUUGUAACAGGAGCCCCUCUGGUGAGUCCCUGUCGGGGGCUGAGGACACCACCGGCCAUCUCCUCGGCUCUCUCGCAUGCCACUCCCUGGACGUCACGGCAGGAGGUGGUGGUGGACGACACAGAGGCAGAGAGGAACUUCAGUCAUGAGGUGAUAGGGAAGGUGGACCAGCAGGUGCGGGAAGGGUUGGCAGGGCGGCUGUUUGCUGUGGUGUUCCUGCAGGGCAAGCAGCACCUCGUGACCCCCGGCGACCUGGUGGUGGUGCAGACGUACUUCCCGCCCAACACAGGGGAUGCCUUGCGCCUGGAGAAGGUAAUGAUGGUGGGGUCGAGGGACUUCUCACUGUAUGGCCGGCCAUUGCUUGGGCAAGACUUAGUGAGGGUGGAGGCAACAGUGGUGGAGAAGACUCUCUCUCACUGCCGUAUUUAUUUCUACAACCGCCGCCGCAAAAACUCUCGCAAAACUAAGUUCAAACGGGAAACACAUACACUAUUGAGGAUCAACCGCAUUGAGAUCACACACGGCAUCAAUGAGGUGCCGGAGGUGACAGGUGUGGACGGCAGGACUUUGUAGCCUUGGUGGUAAAGUCUUGUACAUAUUGCUGUUACUACUACUUUCACUGUGACUUCAAGUAUUGCUGCUUCUACCAUUAUUUCAACUCUUACCUCUGCUACUGUCUUACUAUUAUUGCUGUUCCUUUUACCACAUCUGUUACCUGUAAGUCAUGAGUCUUGUACAUACACUUGUUUGCCAUGUCUUAGAGAAAUGUUUAUAAUAUUAAAGUAAAGUUGUGAAGUAUA